CUGUGUGCGGGUGAGAAAUCUUUGCUGCAGCGAGGACCGGAGUCCCCCGCGCGCAACCCAGUGGCAGAAGAGGGCGAGGCUGAGAGAAAAGCAGGGCUGAAGGAGAGGGAGGCAGCCGGUCCUCCCCGAGAGUCUGCAAGAAUGCGGCAGGGGGCCGGGGACAUGGGGAGACACUAACUCCCGAGGCCCUGCUCGGGGCUUGAGGACCCGGCCCGCGGGCGAAUUUCCUGCCAAGUGCAUCGCAGAAGAGGAGGCGCCUGGAAAGCAAAGAGAGGGACGCUGGGGGUGUCCAUCCCCCGGAAUAGGACCCCCUGCGAACGCGGGAACAGCAGAGGCGGGAGUCGCGCCAUAGCCUUCAAUGCCUCUCUGAACAGCCUUUAGGAAGAGUGCGAGAGAAAGAGAGCGCGCGCCAGGGAGAGGAGAAAAGAAGAUGAGGAUUAUUUGCAGACAGAUUGUCUUGUUAUUUUCCGGAUUUUGGGGACUCGCCAUGGGAGCCUUUCCGAGCAGCGUGCAAAUAGGUGGUCUCUUCAUUCGAAACACUGAUCAGGAAUACACUGCUUUUCGGUUAGCAAUUUUUCUUCAUAACACCAGCCCCAAUGCGUCAGAAGCUCCUUUUAAUUUGGUACCUCAUGUGGACAACAUCGAGACAGCCAACAGUUUUGCUGUAACAAAUGCCUUCUGUUCCCAGUAUUCUAGAGGAGUGUUUGCCAUUUUUGGACUCUAUGAUAAGAGGUCAGUGCAUACUUUGACCUCAUUCUGCAGCGCCUUACACAUCUCCCUCAUCACACCAAGUUUCCCCACGGAGGGGGAGAGCCAGUUUGUGCUGCAGCUAAGGCCUUCCUUACGAGGAGCACUCUUGAGUUUGCUGGAUCACUAUGAAUGGAAUUGUUUUGUCUUCCUGUAUGACACAGACAGAGGAUACUCAAUACUUCAAGCUAUUAUGGAAAAAGCAGGACAAAAUGGUUGGCAUGUCAGCGCUAUAUGUGUGGAAAAUUUUAAUGACGUCAGCUAUAGGCAACUUCUAGAAGAACUUGAUAGACGACAAGAGAAGAAAUUUGUCAUAGACUGUGAGAUAGAGAGGCUUCAAAACAUAUUAGAACAGAUUGUGAGUGUUGGAAAGCAUGUUAAAGGCUACCAUUAUAUCAUUGCAAACUUGGGAUUCAAGGAUAUUUCCCUUGAGAGGUUUAUACAUGGUGGAGCCAAUGUGACAGGAUUCCAGCUGGUAGAUUUUAAUACACCUAUGGUAACCAAACUCAUGGAUCGCUGGAAGAAACUAGAUCAGAGAGAAUAUCCAGGAUCUGAGACACCUCCCAAGUACACAUCUGCUCUGACUUACGAUGGUGUCCUUGUGAUGGCUGAAACAUUCCGAAAUCUCAGAAGACAAAAAAUUGACAUUUCUAGGAGGGGAAAUGCUGGGGAUUGUCUAGCAAAUCCUGCUGCUCCAUGGGGCCAGGGGAUUGACAUGGAGAGGACGCUCAAACAGGUUCAAAUUCAAGGACUGACAGGGAAUGUUCAGUUUGACCACUAUGGACGUAGGGUCAAUUACACAAUGGAUGUGUUUGAGCUAAAGAGCACAGGACCUAGAAAGGUUGGUUACUGGAAUGAUAUGGAUAAAUUAGUGUUGAUUCAAGACGUACCCACUCUUGGCAAUGACACCGCAGCCAUUGAGAACAGAACGGUUGUUGUAACUACUAUUAUGGAAUCCCCAUAUGUUAUGUACAAGAAAAAUCACGAAAUGUUUGAAGGAAAUGACAAGUAUGAAGGAUACUGUGUAGAUUUGGCAUCUGAAAUUGCAAAACAUAUUGGUAUCAAGUAUAAAAUUGCCAUUGUCCCUGAUGGAAAAUAUGGAGCAAGGGAUGCAGACACAAAAAUCUGGAAUGGGAUGGUAGGAGAACUUGUUUAUGGGAAAGCAGAGAUUGCUAUUGCCCCUCUGACAAUCACUUUGGUCCGAGAAGAGGUCAUUGACUUCUCCAAGCCCUUCAUGAGUUUGGGCAUAUCUAUUAUGAUCAAAAAGCCUCAGAAAUCUAAACCAGGAGUGUUUUCCUUCUUGGAUCCUCUGGCCUAUGAGAUUUGGAUGUGCAUAGUCUUUGCCUACAUUGGUGUCAGCGUGGUCUUGUUUCUAGUUAGUAGGUUUAGUCCAUAUGAGUGGCACACGGAAGAGCCAGAAGAUGGAAAGGAAGGACCCAGUGACCAGCCUCCCAAUGAGUUUGGCAUCUUCAACAGCCUCUGGUUUUCCCUGGGUGCUUUUAUGCAACAAGGAUGUGACAUUUCACCCAGAUCCCUUUCAGGUCGAAUUGUUGGAGGUGUUUGGUGGUUCUUUACGCUCAUCAUUAUAUCAUCUUAUACUGCUAACCUCGCUGCUUUCCUGACGGUUGAGAGAAUGGUCUCGCCCAUAGAAAGUGCGGAAGACCUGGCCAAACAAACAGAAAUUGCCUAUGGAACAUUGGAUUCAGGGUCAACAAAAGAAUUCUUCAGAAGAUCAAAAAUAGCAGUGUACGAAAAGAUGUGGACCUACAUGCGAUCAGCAGAACCGUCAGUGUUCACUAGGACUACGGCUGAGGGAGUGGCCCGCGUCCGGAAGUCCAAGGGCAAGUUCGCCUUCCUGCUGGAGUCCACCAUGAACGAGUACAUUGAGCAGCGGAAGCCCUGCGACACCAUGAAAGUGGGAGGAAACCUGGAUUCCAAGGGCUACGGAGUAGCCACCCCCAAGGGCUCCUCAUUAAGAACUCCUGUAAACCUUGCCGUUUUGAAACUCAGUGAGGCAGGCGUCUUAGACAAGCUGAAAAACAAAUGGUGGUACGAUAAAGGUGAAUGUGGACCCAAGGACUCUGGAAGCAAGGACAAGACGAGUGCCUUGAGCCUGAGCAACGUAGCAGGCGUCUUCUACAUUCUGGUUGGCGGCUUGGGCUUGGCCAUGCUGGUGGCUUUGAUAGAGUUCUGUUACAAGUCCAGGGCAGAAGCAAAGAGAAUGAAGCUGACCUUUUCUGAAGCCAUAAGAAACAAAGCCAGAUUGUCCAUCACUGGGAGUGUGGGUGAAAACGGCCGCGUCUUGACCCCCGACUGCCCAAAGGCUGUCCACACCGGAACUGCAAUUAGACAAAGUUCAGGAUUGGCUGUCAUUGCAUCGGACCUACCAUAAAAACCAAAAAAAUAAUUGAGUGCCUUAAUUAAACUGUGUUGGUGACUGAUGGAAACGCAGCCCAGAGAGACACGCCAAGCGCAGGUCUUUGAUAACCGGUCCACCGGCUGAGAGCGGGAAGCCACGGCCCCAGGCGCCGGACAUCAGCCCCAGCGAAGUGUGCAUGAGCUCAGCUCGGAAACCCAAACUCAGAUUUUCUAUCAGGAAAACUCACAAU